AUGUUAGAACUUCUUCGGCGCCCUAAAAGCGCCACAAAUGCGCUGGCAACAACGCUCCUUUUACUCGCUCUUAGUCCAACAUGCAUCCACUCCUUCGGCACCAUCAAUGAGCCCAUUGUGCUCGGGCAGCACAAUGAGCACGAAAUGAUUACUCGCCUGGCCUUUCAGUGCCCCGGCGCGAGCACCGGCACCAUCAUCAACGUAAAAUCCGACGGCAUCUGCUUCGAGCCCCGCUCGCUCGACCAGUUAGCUGGCACACACUUCGACGUGCAAGGCUUCCCCAUCCCGGGAGGCGGCACCAACGGCGCCGUCGGCGCUCCCGACACGCUCGACCCUGUUCCCGAAGGUCCCGAAGCCCAUUGCGACGACGCCGACUUCAUCGACAUACCGGGCUACCCCCGCACCCGAGAACAGGCGACCCAGGCGCUGCAGACGUGCGUGAACCACCUGCGCGGCCGCUUCAAGCAGGCCUGGAAGAGCGCCGCUGACCUGAUCGAGCUGGACGAGGAGGUGACUAACGCCGAAGGGAGCGCGCACCUCCAGAAGAAGGGCCAGCUGCGCAUCCGUAGGGACAUGGUCGACUUGUCGCCCUUUGCCGGCGGUGAUUGCCGCUUCGCCUUCCCCGCCCUGCAGGUGAACACGCUUGCGCGCGCCAAGUGUGCCACUAUCGAGGCUUUCGGUCGAGCUGUUCACGGAAUCCAUGAUUUCUAUGCGCACAGCAACUGGGUUGAUGAACACGACAGGUCGCAGCCUAUAGGCGUGGCUAACCCGCCGGGUUUGGGGAGAAACGAUACCGCACCGUUUUUGGACCUGCGCGCCCACGGUCAGAUUCCCAGAGAAAUGUUGCCAAGAAAUCUGAGCACGGGAUGCUUCGCGGUGCCAGAUGCGACGCCUGGGAGGAGCAAUUGCGAGGGGAGGGUGUCGCAUAAUACGCUGAACAAGGACCAUGGGGUGGUGUACUUGGAUGGAACGUUUGGGGAGAUCGGACCUGGUACCCCCCGGACGGAGAAUGGGCUCGAGGAGAACUUCAAGAGAGCGGUUGCGGCCGCGGUGGAGGAUUCGCGCAAUGCUUGGAAGGCAUUGAGGACCGAGGUGAGGAAUAGGUACGGUGCGGAGAAGGGCGAUUUGAUGAUUUGUGCCUUGGUCAGGGACGAUCCGGUGAGGGACUGCAUACCGCGAAACGUGGCCGUUGUGAUCGACCUGUCUACCCAGGCCAAGCAAAACGGGUUGUUGCAACUGGAGAGACAGGUGGCAAUGAGCUUGGCCGCCAAGAUGGAGACGAGCAGUGGCCUGCACAACAUGAUAACGGUCGUGGAGUUUGCAGAGAGUGCGCGGGUGGUCUAUCCGAUGGAGAGUCCGGCGUAUUUGAACCUGGAGGGAACUCAAUCGAACGGUACAUUGAUACCUUUCAACGAAAACAUCCACUACCCCCCGAACGCGACGACCCGCCUACCCGCCCACAUGACAGCCCCAAUCCAUGAAGGAAAGGCAGAUAUCGGUGUCGGGCUUUCCAUGGCUAUUGAUGAGAUCCUAAGGGCAAAGCCGGAUGGAGAGCACAACGAACGAGGCGCCGUCCUCCUGCUCACUGCUGGCGCUGAGGAUGAAGACGAUGUCCAUGAAAUACUGCAGCAGAUUGAGAGGGCAUCAGGAGAGGGUAUCCGCGUGCACUAUGGGUGCAUCAACCCGCCCCUUCUGCCACUCCAAUCUUUUGCUCACACCAAUGCAUCAACCGAGUGUCAUCCCGGUAAAGGGGCCAUCUCCUCCGUGCUCAAAACAGGAGGGACCUUCUCCUUCCUUAGCAGCACGCGCCACGGCAAGCAGACUGCCAAAGACUUCAUCGAUUUUGUCACGAAUCGAGGUCUCACCGUCACCGACGGCUCGGGUGCCGGCGACACAGAUGAGGGCGAACCGCUUCCCAUACCCGUUGCCCCGGGCAUGGCCAUCGCCGAUAUUCUCAGCGCCGAGUUUCCCAAGAAAAUCUUCUCUUACUCAGCGAAGGCCGGCGAACGGCUCGACUUCACCAUUCUAGACCGCAGUCAGGCGAGCGCGGAAGCGCCGGGAGGCUGUCUCAACAUGACGCUGCUCGAUCUCAAAUCGUUGACCGAUCCCGAGGACGAAGAUGACACCGACACCAAUACCGACACCGACUACGGGGAGGAUGAACCCAACGACUGGUCGCCCGAAGUAGAACUUCCCACCCUCAAAUACUGCACCAGCGACCCACCCCGAGUCCACCAUCUCGCUUACUAUGCAAAAGAAGACAUGGACAUCGCCCUGCUGGUCCAGCACGACGAAACGGCCGAAAAGAACCAGCUUCCUCGCAACCCGAACCGCACCUCCCAAGCCCAGGACGAGGAACAAAACUUUUCACAACAUGAGCCUCAGUCCGCAGUAGGACUAGGAGAAGUCAUCUUCACUCUCGAACUCUCGACGGAAAUGCUCGGUAUUGACCAUAUCGCUCUGCCGUACUGUCCGAGCUUGGGUGGAUUGUGUGAGCAUGAUGAUGAGGGCCGAUUAAUUCCCCUUCGGGGAGCUACGACGUUUUCUGGGCCGUUGUCGGGGAUAGUGGCUAACGAGACGGAGUACGAGAACGACACGGACGGGGAUGGUGAGAGGAAAAGGGAGGCUACAAAGGUGACAAGAAGACGAGACGAUGCUGUCACUAGCCGCCAUAGUAGUAGUGGUAGUAGCGGUGGUGACCCUAGUGCCACCGUUUUUAGCACGGCGGUCUUCGAUGCGAGGCAUGGAGAGGAGGUGGACUUUUGUUUGGUUGGAGAGCGAUGUAAGGCUCGCCCGUGA